GUAAAAUAUUCAAAAUGUCAUUUCGAAGUGUCCAAAUCAGAAUGAAAUUCAGAAUGUGAUUCAAAUAUUUUCGAUGUAAUAAUUCUAAAUUAUUGUAAUGGCUUACAGAUUCAACACAAAUCAUGUGUGCUCUAUCGCCAAAUCCGCUAUACAACAAGCUAAAGAAUCUUUAAAAGAAAGUCCAACUAUUUUUCUGAGACCCACCUCUAGGGACGUCCGACAUUUACAUGAUCUGCCAUACAAUUUUAAUAAGAGAGGAGCAACUGGAAAAGAGAAAUUUGUGAGAAAAGAUUCAAACACAAGAAUUCGGAAAGGGGUUUCAUUCACUAAUGUAGCUAAUAAACAAAUCAGAAAUAAUGUGAUGAAGCAGGACUCCUCCAACCGGUCUUCUAAUUAUUUCCGCAAUGAGAAUAAUGUAAAUGAGGAAGUUCUAGGUCAACGAAGCAUUUCUCAUGAAUACUCUAAAGCCAUUCAUCCCCAUCCAAAUUUCGCAAAGUUGCUGAAAGAAAAAGAUGACGUCAACUUGGUCGCAGUUCAUAAUUUAAUUUCCAUCCCUAAAGUGAACUCGGAAUUGAAUAUGAAGAGAAUCGAUAUGGCGCCAAACAAAUACAGAAGUCAGAAAUGCUUCUGCCUGAGUUAUUCAGAAGUCUUGAAAGAAAACUUCAAAAAAGAAGAUGUCUCGAGAUUUUUUUCCGGAUAUAGUAAUGGUGGUUCGGAAAAAAACGUGGAUGAAAUGAAAUUAUUAUCAACAAAGCCUUUAGAGCCAAAACUAUUCGGAUCAAUGUUCAGUAUCUCGCCAAUAAUCGGACCACAGAAUUUACGAGGACAUUUCGUGAAUCUGAGAUGUAUAUCCGGUGUAAUGCGUUCGAACACGAUGCCCUCGAGAAUUUCGAUAAGAAAGAAUACGAAGAAAAAGAAACGCUUACCUAAAUUAUUCGCUGAUAGAUGCACGAAUAUUAAUUACGGAACACCUCCUCUGAGGCAUGUUCCUUUGCGACCUUUGAAGAAGAGAUGUAAUCCUCAAGAACCAAUUAAAUGCGAGAAAAAAUUGAAAAGAGAACCCUGCGAGAGAGCUGACGAUGACUGGAAAUUGGAAGCGAAACCAUUCAGUGUCAUCUCAUAUUCUCCCAGAAUAUCCAUCGAAGUGAAAAUGAAACCGAACGUGCCAAUGAAGAGAUUACCAAAAAUGAACAUUCCGGAACCGAAAAGAUCAUGUGAAGUAUUCGUUUCGACCUGUCCAACGAGGUCUGAUAUGAAUGCGGGAAUAUUGAAGAAAAAACUGCCGAGAAUACAAUCGGGAAUGAUGAGAACCUCGAUUUCACAAAAUUUGACGGCACCUCCGCUUCGACGAUUGAAAAAAAUUGAUAUUCCAGAGCCACCAAAAAUUUGCCCGAAGGAAAUUUGUGAAAGAAAAGAAUGUCUCUCUUUUACUGUUUGUAAGAAAACACUACCUCGUCUAUCAUCUUCCAAAGUAACUGCCCCAAUACCACAGCAACUCAAAAAUAAUCCUCCUUUGAAAAGGUUGCCAUCUUUCCAUAUAGAAGAUCCUCCUAAAAUUUUGUUAUGUCGAAAAUCCCAAUGUCCCCCAAGAGCUGAUGAGCUGCAAAUGACAGAUAGAUAUUCAAAGAAGAAAAAACUACCAAAACUUCUCGGAGGUGAAUACAAAAUAAAGCCAACUCUGACUGAACAAAGGUAUAUAAGUUCUUUGAAACCCCCCGUGAAAACUUAUGAGCCAGUUGAACCACCGAAGGUAUGUCCCAAAGUUGCUUGUGAUCCGCUAUGUAGGACUGAUAGUCAUCUCAAUAUACCAAAAAAGUCUCUUCCCAAAAUACCAACACUUCCCCGAGGUUCGUCGCCGAUUACUUUGAAGGAGGGAAACAGUUUGAAAAGAUUGAAAAAGGUGUUGGUCAAGGAGCCUCCAAAGAUUUGUCCCACUUCACCAUGCCUCAAAACUUAUAGAGCUGAUAGUAAAAUGAGCAUGAAAAAACGUCCACUACCAAAAUUAGAGGUUGGUUCAAUCAGUCCACCUAAAACCUCCAUUCCAAAUAUUUCACCACUUAAAAGAUUGCCUAAGAUUCCCAUUGAAGAACCCAGGAGAAUUUGUCCCGUGGAAAUCAUAGAAAAAUGUCCAGAGCGUAAUAGUCCCGUACCAGAGAAGCGAGUGUUGCCUAUUUUGAAGCGCCAUGAGAAAUCGCGACCCCCAAUCGUAGAAUUGAAGAACUCUCCAAGUUUGAAACGGUUGAAGCCUCUAGAAAUGAAAAAUGAUGCCAGGAAAUGCAUAACUGAAGCAGUUAUUUCCCAGGAGUGCUUUCGUUCUGAUUUUGCUGAUUGGAGUUUUCCUGUAGAAAAUGCUAUGAGAAACUCGUGUCAUCAGAGAAAAUCGAGAAGCGUUAGCAGCAGGCGGUCGAUGAGUACAAAUUUGACAGAUCAUUACACCAAGGGGCUUUUGACACGAAAAAUGUUGCAAUCGCAUAUAGAUGUUAGGAAACGCCUGUCUCUCCCUGCCCUAACUGACGAAUCUCAAAAAACACCCUUGUCAAGGUGUACCCCGAAAUCAAUUUCACAGAAUUUUUCUGAUGAUUCAUCGAUGAAAGAACUGCAACCAAAAUAUCCUCUUUACAGUAAAUUCAAGGGUAUAGCGCCGAUGAAACCGGACGCCCCAAAAUUAGACCCAGAAAAGGAGGAUGAUUGUAUAAGGGAAAAAUGUAACAUACCUAAGGCCACAUUGACAGCAAGUUGUGAUAAUCCAAAUCCGAAACGAAAAUAUUUGAGAGUGUCCCGAGAGGAAACAGGACCGUGUCCUCCAUGUGACUCUGGAUGCGCCGAACAACCGGAGAGUUGCGAUGGUGUUAUAAAUUGUUGUUCCUCACCGCCCUGUAAAUCUGAUUGCCCUUCGCCCUGUCCACAAUUAUUUUCACCGAAAUGUCCCACCCCACGUCCAUGUCCAUCACCGUGUCCUCCACCUUGCCCACCACCUUGUCCUUGCAACAUCCCUUAUCCCGCUCCUUGCCCCCCUCCUUGUCCUCCUCCAUGCCCGCAAAUACGUCGACCAUGUACUCCAUGCAGACCUCCCCAAAAAUUCAGAAAUCCAUGUCAGCCACCAAAAAAAUCUUUCUGGCAGAGGUUGAAAAACUAUUUUAAAGCUAGACCGAAUUGUCCGACACCUGCACAGUUGAAGAGGAAGAAAAUGAUGACAAAGGUGCAGAAAAUGGCGGAUAAGGCUGGACUGGGGGUAUACGAUCCUUGCGAUGAUCCGAGGAGAAUUUGCAAAGAGGUAGAAAGACGAUGUUGUUUGGCCAGAAAAUGCAGCAGCUCUAAUAAAAGAUGCUUUCACUGUUACGGGGCAUUGAGGGAUUUUCAUUCAGCCGUACAGAUACGUUCAGGAGGCUUACUUCCAACUGUGGGUACCCGAAACCUUCUAGGAAGUUACUGCACCUCAUUUUUCCAGCUACCUUGGUGUCGGACAAUGAAGAAUUGGAGGAAUCCUUUCGAGUUUUAUGAAAUCCAGGAUGGCGAUGAUUUCAUUCACGGAUCUCCUAGUAACAAAUUGAUAAAGGUUGAUAAAUCACAGAUGAUGAAUAAAUUAGGAAAUAUUUUCAAAAACCUGAAUACUCUUCAAGCAAUUGAUGUUGAUUUACUAGGAGAAAUUUUGUACAAGAGCUUGAUUCUGCAUUGUACUAAUCGUGAUGAUGAAUUCAGACUACACGUGAAUUACUUGCUUGAAUAUAGUCCGGAAUGUUUAGAGAAAAAACGAGAUAUACUCCUUGAAAUAUUGAAUACCUUAGGCCAGGAAAUAUACUUGAAGAAACAUGAUAAUAAACAAGAAGAAUUAGAUACGGGUGAACCAUCAUUAGAUUUCUUGAAGCAGUUAGCCAGAAUCAAAACACAAAACUGAAUUUUUCUGUUUUAGCCUCAACAAACCUUACUAUACGUUUCAGAUGUAAAAUUCAUUAUUAUUUGGAUGUGACGACGUAACGAAUUCUUGUUUCACCAUAUUCUGAAACAAUAAAAUUAAUUCUUAAAUUGAAA